AUGUCGUCUCGUCAAAUACCACCUAGCACAACAUCAACACCAUUAAUUAGUUCUAAUGACAAUAAUACAAAUCGUGAAACAUCAGAAAAACAAUUAAAUGAACAUGAUCGUAUGCGUAUGAAAGAAUUUGGUCAAAUAUUUAAUCGACAUAGUUCUAUAAAUCGAGCUUUACUUGAAGAGCUUUUUCGUAAAGAACCAUCAGAAUAUACUCAAACAGUUUAUCGUUAUGCAAGUCGAAUAUAUCAUUGUUUAAAAGAAGAGCAAAUAAAUCCUAUAUUAAAAGCAUUAGCAAAUACAAAGGAUGAACAAGUACAAAUUAAAAAAUCAACACUUGAUGUACCAAAAAUUGAUUAUGCAAGUGAUCAACAAAAACGACGCACACUUAAAUUAGCUUUUUCUGUUUUACGAUAUCAAAAAAUUGUUGAAGAACUUCUGGAAGAAACUCAAUUCUUUUCAAAUUAUCCUGAUUUAAAAGAUGAAUUAAGUCUUGUUUCAACAGUUCUAUACGAUUAUUUGAGUCGUAAAUUUCAACCGCGUGAUGAUCCUGCUGAUCUCGAUGAUAAAGAAGAUUUAUCAAAUAAUGAUCAAUUCGUAUCAACAAUUGAAAAUGCUAUUUUACAAGAACGAACUCGACUUGCUGCAGCAUUAGCUCGUAAUAGAAUAAAAUCACAAGCAUUAUCACUUGAAGAUUUAUUGCCAGAAAAUUUACGCGAAGUUCAACAACAUUCAGCUGAAUUACCAGUUUACGCUUGGGUUAAUUUAAUUAAAACUGAUAUGGAAACUGUAAUUAAAGUUUUUGAAAAUAAUGAACAAAUGAAACGAGUUAAAACAAUAACAGAAAUGGAUAAACGAACAUUCUAUGUUGAUUAUCAUUGUUCAAAUUUACUUGUAUUUCAUUAUACACAAAAACAACGUAUUGCUAAUCAUUAUCUUGUUCGUGAUAAUCAUUUAUAUUUACAAGAUAAAUCAAGUUGUAUUGCUGCGCAUACAGUUAGAAAAUUAUUAACAAAAAAAGAUAAUAUUUGUUUAGCUUAUGUUAGUGGAGGUCUACUUCUUCAACUUUUAAUUGUACUUACCGACGAACUUGAAUCAAAAAUUUAUGCAUUCGGUGGUCGUACAGAAGAAAAUAUUCGAGAUAUUCAAACUAAAAUUAAAACAUUAGGAACAGUAGAUAAACGUAUAAAAAUUUUUAAAGAAAAUUUUACUGAUAUUAAUUUUGAUGAACUUAAUAUGGAAAGUUGUAAAGUUAUUUUAUGUAAUCCACCUGAUUCUCGUUCUGCUCUUAUACAACCACUUGAUUUUCUUUAUAAUGAAGGAGAAGAUGUAUCAUUACUUAAACAAUUUUCACAACCAACGGAAAAUAAAGCGUAUAUAAAAGAAUGUAUACAACGUGAAACAGCUUAUAUGAGACAAGCAAUUCGAUAUCCAUUGGCAAAAGCUAUUGUCUAUGCAACAUUUUCGAAAAAUAAGUCUGAAAAUGAAGAACUUGUUCAGACAAUGGUUAAUGAACAAACUGAACAACGUUCACAACAAACUCCUAGAAAAGAUAUUGGUACUUACAAAGUAUCACCACCGGUCCUUCCUAUUCAAUUUGGUACUCGAAACGAACAAAUGCCAAUUCUUCGUCAAGGAAUUUUUAUGCAAUUUGAGUCAUCACAAAAAAUGAAUGGUGUUUUUGUUGCUUUAUUAUUACGUGAACGUGAAAAACGUCGUUCAACUGUACCAAAAAAGAAGACCGAUGAUCAUGAUUCCGAUUCAGACAAUCAACAAAAAACGAAGAAAGAUCAUGGUUUUCAAUUUGAAACUGAAAUUCGUGCCGCACAUCGUCGACAACAACAACAAACAGUUAAGUCUCAACGUAAAAAUGUAACAUCUUCAUCUAAUCGACGUGCAAAAUCAAGUGCAGCAAUAACACGUGAUCUUGCUAGUACAUCAUCAACACGUCAUGAAUCAACACCAACACAACAAAUUCAAUCAGUUAAUAGUGAACCAAAAGAAUUAACACUUUCAGAACGAUUAGCAUCAAUUGGACGUAUAACAAAUACAUUAGAUACAACUCAAGAUGAAACAUCAAAAAAUAGCGAUCUUAAAAAUUAUACAUAUCAACAAACUAUUAUUCCAACAGAAUUUCAAUGGUCAAAAGAUAUUCAUACUGAUAUGAAUCAAUCAGUAUCUGAAAAUACGAAAACAGAUUAUAAAAUUGAAUCAUGUUUAUUAAAAGAUAAUAAAGACUAUGAUCAUUCAUUAAAUUAUCAAGCAGAAAAAAUAUUACUCACACCAGUAUCUAAUAUAUCGAAUUAUCAUCUAAUACCUACAUAUUCUUCAAAUGGUCAAAUUAUUCGUCGUUAUUCUUAUCGAGAAUUAUUAACAAAAUCAUAUCGAAGUAUUCAUAUGCAUAAUAAUAGAAUUCCUAUUAAACAAUGCAAGUUAGCAUCAAGAAAAUAUUAA